UUUAAUUGUGGUGAAAACCGGGACAAUCUGUUAGUGACUGUUGAAAACCGGGACAUUUGAGUGUUUUACAGAUAUGUGUCGGGACUUGGGACACGUCAGCUUGAAACCGGGACUGUCCCGGAAGAAACACCUUCUAUUGGCCAGCCGCCCCUGCCCUCCAACCCCCUCGAGCUCACUAAUUAACAUGUUACACCUUGUUUGUUUAAAGGUAAAAAAAAAAAAAAAAGGAAAGCUCUCUCUGAAUGUAGAUUGGCUAGUUUAAAAUUCCCAGCUCAUGUGUUGCUGUAGCCAGACAAGAUAUAAAUCACAGUGAGACGAGGGGACAAACACUGUUCAGAAAGUACAAGUACACACCACAAGGAAAGUAUACAUUUUCUAACCAUGAUGGAUAAUGUCUCUCUAAUAACAGUGUUUGUUCUUUCAGGUUUAAAUGAAACAAAGAACCACAGAGUUGCUCUCUUCUCACUCACUUUACUGUGUUACUGUUUCAUCGUGCUGGUAAAUGUUUCUCUUAUUGUGACCAUCAUCUUGGAUAAAAACCUGCAUGAACCAAUGUAUAUUCUAUUGUGCACUUUCUGCAUGAACGGACUUUACGGGGCAACAGGUUUCUACCCCAAGUUUCUCUGGGAUCUGCUUUCUCCCGUUCAUGUGAUCUCUUAUUCUGGAUGCCUUGUUCAGGCUCUAGUCAUGUACUCAUUUGCCUGCAGUGAUCUGUCUAUUCUCGCAGUCAUGGCAUACGACAGAUAUGUGGCUAUAUGUCGACCCCUAGAGUACCACUCUAUCAUGUCAAGGCCAAGGCUCUUUCUGUUAGUCUGUUUCUCCUGGUUGACACCUUUCUGCAUUAUAGGCACAAAUAUUAUUCUAACAUCUAGAUUAAAGUUAUGCAGCCCAUUUAUUGCCAGACUUUUUUGUGUGAACUGGAUUAUUGUUAAACUCGCUUGUUUCCCAGCUGACACUCUCGUUAACAACAUAGUUGCAUACAUUACAAUAAUCAUUUAUGUCUUUCAUGGUUUUUUUAUAGUUUGGUCCUACAUGUAUCUCAUCAAAACAUGUGUGAAUUCUAUAGAAAACAGGGCUAAGUUCAUGCAAACAUGCGUGCCACAUUUAGUCUCCUUGCUCACUUUUCUCGUGGCUAUACUUUUUGAUGUCAUGAACAUGCGAUUUGGUUCAAAAGGUUUCCCUCAAACCCUUCAAAAUUUUGUCGCAAUAGAGUUUCUUAUCAUACCUCCAAUUAUGAAUCCUCUCAUUUAUGGUUUUAAACUGACCAAAAUUCGGAACAGAAUUCGGGGUGUUAUUACUUUUACCACUAAAUGA